UUGCUGAGGGCUUUAGGUCGCUCGUUGCGCCAGACCGAGAGGGAUUGUGUGGGAAGAGAUGAUCGACAUGGAUGGUCCUCUUGAUUUCGAGUCUGAAGACCCACUUCUCAGCAGCUCUACUCCCAAGAAGAAGAGGAGGAAGGUUAUUGGGUUGGAUGAUCUUCUGACUGAUUACUACAAGGAGAAAAGCAGACUCGUUGAGAGGGAAUCCAAACGGGCAAAGGCCAGCAAAUGCUACAACUCGGAUGAGGAUGAUGAUGUAAGCAAAGAAACUGCAUUCUUUGAGACUAUUGAUGAGUGCCAACAACAGAUGAAAGAAAUAAGCAGCGAAGAUGAGAUUUCCUAUUGGGGUAUGCAGGUUUUUGGAAAUCAGAAAACUCCACCACCCAUUACUUUCCCUGAGCUUAGAAGUUGUGAGAUUCUAAAUUCUUUUAUGAACAAUGAGCUCAAUUCAUCAGUUGAGCUUCGUGCUGAGAAAGGAGAAGCUUUUCUUGAAGGAUUAAUCGUAAAUGGUUGGCUCUCUAAAUUGGUUUUUAUGUGUGGUCAUGUAGAAAAAUCAAUUGCAAUGUGGACCUUUAAUUUGAUGUUAUACUCAUCCAAGGAAGAGUUGAGGACAUCUGCAUGUGAUUUCUGGUGCAGUAUUCUCUCAAAGACAGAGGUUGAUCUGCCAUUUGCUAAAAUUGACUGGCUUCCUAGCUAUUCUGAUCUAAAAAGAGCUCUUGAAAUAUAUGGAUUUCUGCCCAAUUUUUCAUCAAAUAGAGAUUUGAUGAACACUGAUUCUGAUACUGGAGGUCCACCUCAAAAUAUUAGAGCUUGGAUGAAAUUUAUGGCCAUUUGUUGUCAAGUAAGGAGUAAACAUUCUAUCUUCUCAACUUCAGAAGCUGAAGAGCUGAUUGAAGUCGUUAUUUGUCUCUUCUUAGAUCGCCAGCUUCAAGGCCUCUCAAUGCUUUUCUAUGAAUGUAUGCUAUCAGUUAUCAGUUGCUUUACAGAGAAAGAAUGGCAUUAUAGCUGUGAGAAAGUAGCAAAAUCUCUUGCUUGCAGAGUUCCACAAGACCUGAACUGCUUGAGAAUCGUGGAGUGCAUUUCAGGUGUCAACACUCGCAGCAAGUGUCUCCGAAGUGCAGUUGCUUUUCAAAUUCUUGUAAACUGUUUUGAUAACAAGGUCACUGAUGCAGAAGAGAUCCUGAAAUUCCUCAUCUCAAUUAAUGUAAAAGACAGGAGUUGUGAUCUUUUUAAGAUGUAUAUAUACUUGGUUCUGACAGAGAAUUGGCUCUAUUCUAAUCCACUGUUAGAAGACAAACCAGUGAUAAACGAAAUGUGGAGCCUUUAUCUUCGAAACUGUUCUUGCCAAAUCACCAACACAGAUUUGAGGACUUAUGCAUCAAAGGUUCGGAAUAAAGCUUCAUAUCUGCUACAAGGCACAGUCAAUGGAUGAUUGCUUCAACUUGCAGGAAUGUCUGGUGAUAAAUUAAUUUCAGUUCAAGGAUCAAUGCUAUUGAUGGAUUGAAAUAUCCAUCCUUUUUUGUAUAAUCGAGAGGCCAAAGCAGGAGCACUUUUUGAAGAAUAUGGAGGUGAAGACUGACAGGUUGUGGUUGCUGCAAAGCAGGUUGUAUUUAAAAUAGUGGCUCGAUGUAUAUUAAAUUGUUAAGCUAGAUAUUGUGCAUGUUCCUUCUUUUUGGUGGAAUGGGUGGGGGGGCAUGCAGGCUUAAACACCAGAGAUGAUCUUGGGAGUUGCAACCUGUUAAUCUGUUAGUGCCUGGCGGUAUAAUACUCUGCAUCUCUACAUUUUUUGUAACACCAAAACAGAGACUUUAGCUAGACUUGUAAUGUUUGCAUGAAACAGCGCAAAGCAUGAUGUGCUUUUGUGAAAUUGUUGCUAGCGAAGUGGGUUCCUAAAAUAGUGUGCUAGAAAGUUCAUAUC